GAAGUGUUUCUCAACGUUUUCCGUGUUAGCUCGCGGUUCCUCGCUGUUUACUGAAUGCUAACAGAGUUUCUCUCCGAUGGCAAACAGAACCGUUAAAGAUGCAAACAGCAUCCACGGAACUAAUCCACAGUACCUGGUGGAGAAAAUCAUCCGGACUCGAAUCUAUGAGUCCAAAUACUGGAAGGAGGAGUGUUUCGGUCUGACCGCUGAGCUGGUGGUGGACAAAGCCAUGGAGCUGAAGUUCGUCGGAGGAGUUUUCGGCGGGAACAUCAAACCGACUCCGUUCCUCUGCCUCGCGCUGAAGAUGCUUCAGAUCCAACCGGAGAAAGACAUAAUCGUGGAGUUCAUCAAAAAUGAGGAUUUUAAAUACGUCCGCCUGCUGGGAGCCAUGUACAUGAGGUUAACCGGCACCGCAGUGGACUGCUACAAAUACCUGGAGCCGCUCUACAACGACUACAGGAAGAUCAAGAUUCAGAACAGGAACGGAGAGUUUGAGCUGAUGCACGUUGAUGAGUUCAUCGAUGAGCUGCUUCAUGCAGAGAGAGUCUGUGACAUCAUCCUGCCGCGACUUCAGAAGAGACAAGUCCUGGAGGAAGCCGAGAUGUUGGACCCCAGGAUCAGCGCUCUGGAGGAGGACCUUGACGAAGUGGAAAGCAGCGAGGAAGAAGAUGAAGAAGAAGAAAAGCAGUUCGAGAGGCUGCCGAGCCCUGAACCCCACAGACGUAGUCACCGUGACAACGAACGGCCUCGCCGCUCCCCGUCGCCUCGUUACAGACGCAGCCGCUCUCCUCGACGGAGGAGCAGAUCUCCAAAGAGGAGAAGUCCGUCGCCUCGCAGGGACCGUCAUCGCAGUAAGAGCCCCCGACGACACCGCAGCCGCUCCAGAGACAGACGGCACCGCUCCAAAUCCCCCGGUCACCACAGAAGCCACAGACAUCGCAGCCACUCCAAGACUCCAGAGAGGAGCUCAAAAAAGAGCCACAAGAAGAGCCGAAGAGGAAACGACUGACCUUUGCUCUUUUAAACAGAUAUUUUUUUACUUUCUAAGCUCCCCCCCCCCCCCCCCCCCCCCCCC